GGUGAUGUGUUGCAUUGCCGUGGGACGUGCUGCCUGGUUCGGGCUACCUCAGCGCAGCUCCCUGAACUUGUGAGCAAGCUUCAGAAGGCGCUACCUGCCUUGCAAUUCGAGGCAACUGGUGUCGGCAGCGUUGAGACAGCGCUAUCCACUCGCUUUCCUGACGUUGACUUUGCAGCCACAGCCGAUGUCGAAUGGGAGCAGUACGGCGCGGCUCACUGGGCUUGCUGCGAGGCCCUCGUAUCGACCAAGCCACAUUCAAGAAUGACCGAUCUCAGUGCUUACUUGGCGAUGUGCUUGAAGAGCGAAAUCAACCUCCCAGCCGAACAUCACGACGCCAAGUUUGAGAGGUUUGUUGAUGGCGCUUGGGACACCCGCGACAUCAAGCACUUGGCCGGACCCAUCGAGGCUGCGCUCAGAAGCUUGAUUCCGACCGGGGCUGUGGUGGAGUACGACUUGCCUCUGCUGCUUAGCUGCUUUAUCCCCCACCCCCGUGUUACUUUUACUUCCAGAAAAUGUACCAGGUUGAGCUCGCAACUGGUGGAGCCCACGGUUGCGCGACUGUCUCGUGGGACGCGGCUUGUUCCAUUGGAUGGGGAUGCGUCGCGCAAGAAGCUUUUGUUUUCGUGUGGGCAGGUGUAUGACUUCCAGACCGGCCAAGUAGAGCAGCUCCGUGCUUCGCGUCGCAUGAAGCUUACGGCGGCAAUGCGCUUCGAGCCGUGGAGUCCACCUGGGAACCUCCCCGACAUUUUCAGCCUCGUGGGGCGCUGGUUGCCAAAAGUUGACGAGCAGCUUGAAAGCGAUGAGCUCGGACGCGAGAUCAUUGCAGCCUUCGAGCAGAUCAGCCAACACAGCCCCUUGAUUAAGCUCAUGCGUGAAAUUUUCCUUGACUGGAACUACGUGCUGUGCCUCUGCAGGGUCAUCUCUGCAGUCUUUUCAGCCGACGCCCGCUACUGCAGGUUGCACUACUUCGUAGGGUCAGGAGGCUCCGCAAAGGACACACUAUUGCUCAUCCUGUUCACUGCCCUUGGAGAAGAGUUGGCGACGACCUUAACGUCAAAAUAUGCCACUUCGAAGGGCGAGACCAAAGAGGGAGUCAGUCCCAGCUUCCUUGCAACGCGGGGCGCUCGCUUGAUCUGGAUGUCAGAAGUGGAAAAGCACCGACAGCUGGCCGUGGAAUUCCUCAAGUCCGCCACAGAGCAAGCCGGAGCUCCCAUGAAAGCCCGGGGGUUCAAGCAAGAUCCGAAAGGUUUCCGUGUGAUGGCCCAGAUCUUCAUGACCAGCAACAAUGCACCUUGUUUCGAAGAUGCAGGACAAGGGUUUUCAAGACGUCUCUGUUUGUGGGAGUUCCCGCGCCGGUUUCAAGGCAAGGACGUUGACCCAGAUCUUCGGGAUAAGAUCAUGCGCGGGUGCUUCAACAGUGAGCUGCUGUGGGUUGCCACGGGCUUUUACACAUCCAUCACCUCAGACUACAACCCUGGCACGAUCAUCUGCCCAAAGCCGGCCGCCAUGAUUGAAGUUGAAAACGAAUUGGUGUCGAACCAGUCCCCCUCAAAGCGCUUGGUCGAGUUCAUCGAAACUCGUUGCUGCUGGUGCGCACGCAACGAUGCCACCAAUGCAAAGAUUUGGCGCCAUGCCGCAAAAGAUUUCUGUGGCGUGAGCUACGCGGCAAUUGGUCCAUUGCUCUCCAUCGUCGGAGUGAAGUCGGAGAGCAGGGGCGGUUCAACCGCGGGGACGGACAGAAUCAUGACGCGCUUGCAGCCUUCCAGUUCCACCACCGGCAAUGGCCUGCGCCUGCUGACCGAGGAUGAGAUCAAGAAUAAGGACACUCGCCGUGUGAAGAGUGAGGUCCACGAGCUGCCAGAAUCCAAGGUUUUGGCAGACCCGUUUGCCUAG